UCAUAAAUGGACCUUCUGUAAACACUUAUAUACCCAAAUGAGGAAGGGCAAAGAAGGCUCUCCUUUUAAAUUAACAUUUUUUUUAGGCGAAAAUUAUCUUUGUGAAGCCGCGAUAUGGAUUUAAUAAUAUGAUGGUGAGGUCGGACUGGAAUACCCCUUUGACUCCAAAUGCCCCUCUCAUCUGCGUCCGCACACGAAACGAACAAUAAUUCUUCAUUCAAAGAGAGCGUUAGCAGCGAAUGUGAAGCAAAAAUCCAUGCACCCGAUUGCCUUGAUCAAAAAGCCGAAACUUAUACCGCUCCGGAACGCGAGAUCGUUUUCAGCAGCCCAGCCAGACUUAACGUCGUCGCGAACCUAUCGAUUAACGCAGAGCCCCCCAGCGUUUCCACAUCUACUGCGAAUGCAGGACUUCUCAGCCUGCCAAUUCUUAGCAAACCUCCGACCAACCGCGCCCAUCAUAUCCUGUACGCCUCCCAGCACUUGCUGCAGCGUUACGAGCAGGAGAAUCGGCAGACUCACAACAUGCCGCUGGCCAGUGCACCCACUACUAUCGGCAGAGCAGAAGACAAAUACUCCGGUGCCAGAGGUUUACUCUCCAGGUUCUCCACCAGACUGCACUCCUCGCUGCGUCGCCAAAAAGAGGGACAGCGGGACAAGACGGCAGAUCCCAAACAGCCCUUAGUGAUCAAAGCGUCGCCUAAAAAAGAGUCACGACAAAGCACGGACAAAGGCGGAUUGGACGUCAUUGUGCACAUUCCUCUGAAGCCACCGAUAAUACUGAUGGAUGCAAUCCAAUUGGACGAAAGCCAGAUCGCCUCCGAGGCGAGCACUGCCAACAUGCACAGCCGCCAGCUGGCCCGGACCUCUACCCCGCCAAAGGUGACCGGCAAGCCGCCGCUACCUAAGCUGCCACCCCGCAGUGGCAUUCUGGCGCAUACGCCUCAGGAAGCUGUUGGUAGCACCGACAAUGUUGCGCAUAGCACAGGAGCCUUCAUGACCGCCGAACGUGAACAGCAAAAACACUUUGCCGACCAGUUAACAGCGGGCAUACAAAUGUCAAGGGUGCAGGACAUCGAGCCAUGGGAAAACGUCACCCAGAAGACACAGAUAUUAAAACAACUUGGUGGAAGCUUAAAAACGUCCAGACCCACCCUGGUCACCGCCGUAACUGUUGCUGUUCCUCCUGUGGAUACCGUAGGCAAGAUGGGUCUGAUCGAGACCAAUCUGGACACUCAUGAAACGGUCAUUUCAGGAAGGACUCGUUCCCUUAUGGACAUAAGUUUUCCUCCACCUAAUCUGCCGCACAAGCGGUACAUCGUGAACCAACUGAAUGUGUCCAGUGCCUAUGACAUGAAUAAAAUGGAUGGGCAGACAAUCAAGUCCUCGACAGGUAGUCGUAGCGUCGAAGUCACAUCUUUUCGCAGGCCGCACAAGAGCAUGGAGUUUCUGCUGGACAAGGAGAACCAGAAAAAUGUUUUGCUUCAAUUGUGACCUAACGUUUUCUUGGAAAAAUUUUAUCGUGCUUCGCCAGUGGCAUUGAACUUCAUAAAAUUGUAUUUUAUCGAGGACUUACGAGGGUACCCAAAGGCUAAACCACGAAAACAGACGACUCGAGGAAGAAAACGAGGAAGGAGUAUCAUUGCUACAGACUCACCGCAGA